AAACAGCUGGGCUUCUGAAGUUGAAGGCUGCAGAUUUGUAGGUUAUGUUAUGGAACCGUAAAAAAUUCUCUGGUAAAGUAACAGUUUAUCAAUAAUUAAUUAAUGUUAUUCUACUUAAUUUCGUUGAAAAAUUUCAAAAAUGAAUUCUAUAUAUUCAAUUAUUAUGGUAAAACCGAGAUUAUACUCUCUUGUUUUGUUUAGAUCAAAGUCUAUACAAUCUACUGCUCCUGCUGAAUAUUGUGCCGGAUUAGUAAGGAAAUUUGAUUACGAAAAUUUUAUCUGCACACUACUACUGAAUUCAAAUACACGAUCACUCGCUUUUGCUGUCAGAGCGUUCAACAUUGAAGUAGCUCGAGUACAGGAUAAUGUAAGUGAUAUGAAAAUUGGCAGAAUGAGGUUGCAGUUUUGGCUUGAAACGAUCGAUUCCAUUUUCAAAAAUGAGGUUCGAGAUCAUCCUGUUGUUCAAGAAUUACAUCGGGCACUCCUAAACCACAAAUCUAAAGAGUUAUUUAAGAAAAAUCUCAAAAGCUUAGUAACAUCUAGAAUUGAGCCUAUUACAUCAUCAACGUUUAAAACGCUGGAAGAUAUGGAACGAUACUCUGAAUUGUCUGUCUCGCCUGUACACUACAUGAUUUUGCAGGGUGCUGGUAUGAGCAAUGUUCACGCCGACCACGCAGCCAGUCACCUAGGCAAAGCACAAGGCCUCAUGAAUCUAAUGCGCUCACUGCCGCAUGCUGCCAAGACUCGAGUCCUACCUCUGCCUCAGGAUCUGCUCAUCAAGCAUGGUCUGUCCCAAGAGAAGGUGAUCAGAGGUCAGGGCGGAGGCAGCUUGAGAGAUGUCGUUUUCGAUGUUGCCAGUCGAGCUAAACAACAUUUAGAAAAGGCAAGAUCAUUAAAGCAGAACUGUCCAUCAGGAUGUGCAACCAUUUUCCUGCCAUCGAUAUGUCUGGAUAACUACUUGACCAAAUUACAGCUGAGUGAAUUCGAUAUCUUGGAUAAUAGAUUACAGAAACGAAGUGCUAUCUUACCGUUAAGACUUUAUUGGAAUAAGUUGCUUGGCAGAUUCUAAUUAGAUGGUAAUUUUAUUUUAUAGUAUAAUAUUAAAUAUCCAAGAAGAACUUGGCAAUGAGAAAUACGAGAAAUACUGACUCCUAAGUUAUUCAUUCAACCUCCAUCAAUCUUUAAACCUUUUCAUCAGAGAGUUCGACUGUAGAUAGAAUUUUCAACUUAUGUUUUAGCGUUAGAGUUUAUGAAGAAUAAUUCUUCAUCAUCAUGAACGGGUUUGAUCGUUUUUAUUUGUCAAAACUUGGUAGAUCUUCAUUAUCGACAGAUUUAUCCUUGUUGAACUAGAUGUAAAAAAUGACUAAAAACAGAAAUAUUAAUAAAAAUAUCAUCUAUUUACUUGAAAUUGGUAAAAUUUGAAAAAGGGUACUUGAAUUUUUAUUUUUAUCUCUUGAUAAUAUUAAGGGUAGCCUUAACAGAAAAAGGUAUAUAUACACAGAUCUAUGUUUUAACAUAGAGAAAAGAUUGACGAAAUAUAGAUAAAAAAUAUACUAUUAUUUCUCUAUGAUUUCAUUUAGUAAUCUGAUAGUUUUGAAAUCUUCUUUCUGUGAGUGUUUUAUAAUGAGAAUAAAAUAAUUCAGUGCAAAAUACAUGGGAGCUAAGAUAUUUAUACGAAAGCUUUAAACUGUUAUUCAAUAUUUGUAAACUGAUUUUCAUUUGUUUGAGAAGAAAUGAGGAAUUAAUACUGAAAGGAAAACCAAUUACCAAGUAUUUGUUGAGUUUAAUUCUACCUACCAACUUCUCUUCAAACAGAAAAAACUAUCAUCUUGCUGGUUCCAAUAUUUCUAAAUUUAGAUAUUUUCAUUGAAUUAUUCACAAAAUCAUCAUAAUCGACCGCUAUACUCUAUUAUAUUAUUAUUUGUAAGGUUUGUGAAUACUUUGUGUUGUCAACCUAAUAAUUUCUCAUUCUGAUUGAGAAAGUUGUUUUUGUAGAAACACUUUAUCUUGUGAUAAAUUAAAUACCUAAUAUACUAUUUUUGUUUUCGAA